AUGGCAUCAUUUUCAAGCGAACUGAAGAAAACACAAGAUAGAAUCAAGGCAGCAGGACUGAAAGCGGCGAGGUGCAACACGGGUGAAAGCUCAGGCAGCGCAACUGGGAUAACAACAAGAAGCCAAUCUAGAGGAAGAGAACAGCAAAACAAAGAAGUACAUAUGGAAGAGGAACAAGAAGAAGAGAAAGGAAACCAGAGAAAACAAGAGGAAAAUCAGGAGGAGGAACAGGUACAAGCGGAGGGAGGAGUUGGCGAACAAGGAGGUGAAAGUGGAGGAGAAAACGAAGCAGAAGCAAAGAGACAGAGGAGAAUGUGGGGUAACGAGACGUACAGAGUUGAGAGAGGGGUGAAACACGCUGGAGGAGGAGAGGGAUCAAAGAGAGGAAACACCGAGACAGAAAUGGUGGAAGCAGAUUCAAGAUGCGUUGAACUCAAACCAAGUCGGUGUGGCGAACGAAAUGCUGCAAGGUUAAAUGUUAAUGUACGGCGAGGACCCUGA